CCAGUAGCAGUAAGGCAGUAAUUGAGUUUGUUUUGCAAAUCCCAUUCUUAGUUUUUCUUACCUGGCCGCCACUUCUCUUUCUCUCUCUUCUUUUCACUUCAAUUAAUUACUCCGAUUUCUAGGGUUUUCCGACAAACACUUUUUCAAUCAAUCACCGCCAUUUUUAGGGUUUUCCGAGCUGGAUUCUCUCACUUCCCUUCAACUCAUCUCAACGCGUCGAUGGUGUUCUGGUUUCGUUGAUUGAAAUUAUCCCCAAAUUUCAAACUUCCAUUGAUUAUUGAUUUAUUCAGUCAAUUUAGCCCUCAUUUGUUGUCUUCUCAAUCUUCGACAACAGACUGCGACAAAUUCUCGGCUCAAGCAACGGGAAUUGGUAAGUGGUACAGGAAAAUCUACUCCCACAGUCAUCAUUCUUCGUUGCCAAUUUUCUGGUCUCGGGAUGCUAUUGAAUUUAAAACUGAAUAGGAUAGGAGGAGAAUAGAGGGGUGUUUGAUUUGGAUUUUGAUGGCAUUAGGUGAUUUAAUGGCCACUAGGUUUGCACAUUCUACAGUUGUUCUUUCUAAUCACUUGGAUGAGUGUUCAAAUCGCGAAUAUGUUGAAUUGUAUCAAAACCGAGACCUUUCAGAGACGGCUAGUACAAGUGGUGCCAGUGGUGGAGCUGGUGUUGGCAAUGCUUAUGAAAAUGCCAUCAAUAUGGCUAUGAUAACGUCAACUGCUGCUGAUAGUACUACUGCUGCCACUAGUAUGUUGUAUCUGCCGCAAACUAUUGUGUUUUGUGAGCUUCGGCACGAGGCUUUUGAGGAUUCUGUACCUACUGGACCUGCUGAGAGUGGGUUGGUUUCGAAAUGGCGGCCUAAGGACCGAAUGAAGACGGGAAUGGUAGCUCUUGUUUUAUGUUUGAAUAUCAGUUGCGACCCACCUGAUGUUAUUAAGAUAUCUCCUUGUGCAAGGCUGGAGUGUUGGAUAGACCCAUUGUCCAUGGCUCCUCCAAAAGCGCUGGAAGCUAUUGGAAAGGCCCUUAUAAUGCAAUAUGAUAGAUGGCAACCCAAGGCUCGAUAUAAGUACCAACUUGAUCCAACUGUAGAAGAAGUGAAGAGACUGUGUAAUACAUGUCGUAGAUCUGCAAAGACUGAGCGAGUUAUGUUUCACUACAACGGACACGGUGUGCCGAAACCAACACCGAAUGGUGAAAUUUGGCUUUUCAAUAAGUCUGCUCUUGUACAGAGUUACACUCAGUAUAUUCCCUUGCCAAUCACGGAGUUGGACUCUUGGAUGAAAUCACCUUCGAUCUACGUGUUUGAUUGUUCAGCUGCUGGAAAUAUAGUCAAUGCUUUCAUAGAGCUUAUUGAUGCUUCUGCUUCUUCCGGUGCCCCCAAAGAUUGUAUUCUACUUGCAGCAUGCGAGGCUCAUGAGACCCUUCCUCAGAGUGCAGAUUUUCCUGCCGAUGUUUUCACUUCUUGCCUCACUACACCUAUCCAGAUGGCAUUGAGAUGGUCCUGUAAGCGCUCAUUGCUUCAUGAAUCCCUUAAUCAUACACUUAUAGACAAAAUUCCUGGCCGUCCAACGGAUCGGAAAACACUUCUAGGUGAACUUAAUUGGAUUUUUACAGCUGUUACGGAUACAAUUGCUUGGAAUGUUCUUCCUCAUGAUCUUUUUCAAAGGCUAUUCAGACAAGACUUAUUAGUUGCGAGUCUGUUCCGUAACUUUUUGUUGGCGGAGAGAAUAAUGCGAUCGGCUAACUGUUCCCCAAUUUCGUAUCCAAUGUUGCCACCAACCCAUCAGCAUCAUAUGUGGAAUGCAUGGGACAUGGCCGCUGAAAUCUGUCUUUCUCAGCUUCCCUCAUUGAUUCAUGAUCCAACUGCGGAGUUCCAGCCAAGCCCUUUCUUCACUGAGCAGCUAAAAGCAUUUGAAGUAUGGCUUGACCAUGGAUCUGAGCAAAAGAAGCCACCUGAGCAACUGCCUAUUGUUCUUCAGGUCCUACUUAGUCAAUGUCACCGUUUCCGUGCUUUGGUGCUUCUCGGCCGAUUCCUUGAUAUGGGACCCUGGGCAGUUGACCUGGCGUUGUCAGUUGGUAUUUUCCCCUAUGUCCUCAAGCUCUUGCUAACUACGACAGUGGAACUGCGACAGAUUCUUGUUUUCAUUUGGACAAAGAUUCUGGCUCUUGAUAAGUCAUGCCAGGUUGAUCUAGUGAAGGAUGGAGGUCAUACGUAUUUUAUUAAGUUUCUUGACAGCUCAGAAGCCUAUCCUGAGCAACGUGCUAUGGCAGCGUUCGUUUUAGCGGUGAUUGUUGAUGGGCAUAAACGGGGACAAGAAGCUUGUAUUGAAGCUGGUUUACUUGAUGUUUGCCUUAAGCACCUUCAACCACCAAAACCAAAUGAUACUCAGUCAGAACCUUUAUUUCUCCAGUGGCUUUGUCUCUGUCUAGGGAAGAUGUGGGAGGACUUUGUGGAGGCUCAAAUAGUAGGUUUACAGGCAGGUGCUGCUGUGAUAUUAGCAUCUCUACUUUCUGAGAGCCAACCUGAGGUUAGAGCUUCUGCUGUCUUUGCCCUGGGAACCUUACUUGGUGUUGGAUUUGACUCUUCGGGUGAUGGGGUGGAUGAAGAAUGUGAUGAUGAUGAAAAAAGUAAAGCUGACAUUAGUAUUAUUAAGAAUCUCUUAAGUGUUGUUUCAGAUGGAAGUCCUCUCGUGAGAGCUGAGGUUUCAGUAGCUUUAGCUCGAUUUGCUUUUGGCCAUAACAAGCAUCUCAAAACUGUUGCUGUUACAUACUGGAGAUCUCAGCCUGGCUCUGGGCUCAGUGCCCUUCAUGUCACAAGUACAGGAAGUGGUUAUAGUACUCCGAACCCCUAUGUUUCUCCAGCUAGUAUCAUUACAUCUCAUAUUGGUCCGUUGUUGAGAAUAAGUAGUGACAGCACUCCAGUUGUUCGCGAUGGGAGAGUAUCCACAAGUAGUCCAUUGGCUUCUACUGGAAUAAUGCAUGGGUCCCCUAUAUCAGAUGAUUCAUCUCAACAUUCUGAUUCUGGUGCAUCAAUUGAUGCUGUUGGCAAUGGAAUUAUAAACCAUGAUAGACCUAGACCUCUCGAUAAUAAUUUUUAUUUGGAGUGUAUAUUUUCUAUGUGUACAUUGGCAAAAGAUCCAUCACCUCGCAUUGCAAGGCUUGGGCGUAGAGUUCUUUCCAUUAUUGGAAUUGAACAAGUUGUUGCAAGACCCAUAAGGCCCUCCAGUAGCAGUGUUCGUACUGGUGAACCCUCUUCUGCUAGUGUGAGGCUCUCUGGACUAGCUCGUUCAUCUUCAUGGUUUGAUAUGAGUUCAGGUCACCUUCCAUUGACAUUUAGAACUCCACCAGUUAGCCCUCCUAGAACGAGUUACUUGACAGGAAUAAGAAGAGUUUCUUCCUUAGAGUUUCGACCACAAUUGCUCAGCUCUCCAGAUUCUGGGUUAGCAGAUCCGCUUUUAGGUUAUGGUGGAUCUACUGGCCAUACUGAGCGUAGUCUUCUACCGCGAUCAACCAUAUAUAAUUGGAGCUGUGGGCACUUUUCAAAGCCUCUUCUAACGGCAUCAGAUGACAGUGAAGAAUUGAUAGCCAAAAGAGAAGCAAAGGAAAAAUCUGCAUCGGACCUCAUAGUGAAAUGUCAGCGCUAUUCUGUCAGAAAACUCAAUAAUCAGAUUGCAAGCUGGGAUACCAAGUUUGAAACUGGAACAAAAACUACAUUGCUACAACCUUUUUCUCCAGUUGUGGUUGCGGCGGAUGAGAAGGAAAGAAUUAGGGUAUGGAACUAUGAGGAACCAGCCCUUUUGAAUAGCUUCGACAAUCAUGAUUUUCCUGAUAAAGGAAUCUCUAAGCUCUGCCUUUUAAAUGAACUUGAUGAUAGUUUGCUUCUUGUUGCUUCUGGUGAUGGGAAUGUUCGGAUAUGGAAAGACUACAUGUUAAGGGGAAAACAGAAGCUAGUGACUGCCUUCUCUUCUUUGCCUGUUCAUGGACCUAAUUCUCGGAAUAUGAAUGCUGUUGUGGAUUGGCAACAGCAGUCUGGAUACCUAUUUGUCUCUGGAGAGGUGCCAUCAAUUAAAGUAUGGGAUCUUGACAAAGAACAGCUUGUGCAUUCCAUUCCUUCAUCUACUGAUAGCUGCAUAUCAGCACUGGCCGCAUCUCAUGUCCAUGGAGGUCAAUUUGCUGCUGGGUUUGCUGAUGGUUCUGUCAAACUCUUUGACAUCCGAACACCUGAAAUGCUUGUUUGUUCUACUCGUCCGCAUACUCAGAAAGUCGAAAGAGUUGUAGGAAUUGGCUUCCAACCAGGACUAGAUGUGUUUAAGAUUGUCAGUGCAUCUCAGGCUGGUGACAUUCAGUUCUUCGAUAUUAGAAAUCAGAGGGAUACGUACCUCACAAUCGAAUCCCACAGGGGCUCACUUACAGCCCUGGCUGUUCAUCGGCAUGCUCCAAUCAUAGCCAGUGGUUCUGCAAAACAGCUCGUAAAAGUGUUCAGUCUCGAGGGUGCGCUAAUAGGCACCAUUCGUUACCAUCCAACAUUCAUGGCUCAGAAGAUUGGACCCGUGAGCUGUCUCUCCUUCCAUCCUUAUCAAGUGCUGCUUGCAGUUGGUGCUGCCGAUCCUUUUGUUACUUUGUAUGCAGAUGACAAUAAUCCUACAAGAUGAACAUACAUAGAAGCUCUUACCAAAGCCAAAGUCGAAGGCUAUGGCUUUGUUUCAAGCUUAAACAUGGUGACAUUAUUGAGUUCCAUAUCAACGUUGCCUCUGAUUUGGGAUCAUUCAAGACACUUUUUUCAGUUGUGUGCCAGUGCACUACCAUGCCAAACCGAAUACAAUGGAGUUAUAGAGGUUGGCUUUUGGAGUUGGGAUUUUUAUGCUGCAUAUUUGUUAGCCCCCCUUGUGUAAAUUUCAACGCGGGCCAUUAAUUCCAGGGAGGCUUUAGCUAAUAAGCUUGUCAUACAAGGGUUUUGACUGUAAAUAUAUAAGUUCCUUCUUUGUCUCCUAUCUAUUGUGAUUAUGUUUCUUCUGAUAUCAGAAUUUCUGAAGGGGGAGGGGUUUUGUGAUGUAAUUUCUUUUUAAUCUGUCAAAUUGUAGAAUUUUACAGGCAAGCAUAUUCUCAGGGUGAUUGACCCAAAAAAGUUGAGGCUGGGGAGAAGGGUGUUAAAUGUUGAUGCUUAAUUAUGUUUGUAUUAGCUGCUUAAAUGAGUGUUCUAGUGCUAGUGAACAUAUUUGCUUCCAACAUUGAAAAUCUUUGUACAUAGAAUUUGUUUAAUCUGUGAUUGUGAAUUAAUUAACUG